UUCCAAUCCCCUCCAUAUCAUGUGAUUCAGGUGUUCCAAUCCCCUCCAUAUCAUGUGAUUCAGGUGUUCCAAUCCCCUCCAUGGACACAGGUGUAUACAAUCAAGCCCCUAGGCAUGAAGACUGCUUCUACAAACAUUGGUGAAAGAAUGGGUCGCUCUCAGGAGCCCAGUGACUCCAAGCGUGGUCCCGUGAUAGGUGGCUACCUGUGCAAUAAGUCCAUCCGUGACAUUUCCUGGCUACUAAAUAUUCCACGCUCAACUGUUAGUGGGAUUAUAACAAAGUGGAAGCAACUGGGAACAACAGCCACUCAGCCACCAAGUGGUAGGCCACGUCACAUGACAGGGCGGGGUCAGCGCAUGCUGAAGCGCACAGUGCGCAGAAGUUGCCAACUGUCUGCAGAGUCAAUAGCUAAAGACCUCCAAACUUGGUGUGGCCUUCAGAUGAGCCCAACAACAGUGUGUAGAGAGCUUGGAGACGUGUUCUCU